UCAAUGGUGGGUAGUCAAGUACACGGUUGAGAAACAUUAGUGUAGUAACCCCGGGAAGGCAACCCCGAAGGCGGCUGGCUAAAUUCUCAGCUUGGAGUUUACAGCCCAGGUUGGAUGAUGGUUGCCGGGGCGCCUGACGCUAAAAAUACAAACAUAAUGGGCGCAGGUUGCUACCAACUGCUAGUUAGCUAUCAUUAGCUGCUAACAUUAGCUAGAUACGUUAGCACGUUAGCAAGUAGCGAUAAGUUCAACAUAAACAGCGCAGCUAGAGGAAAAGACCAGUACCGAAGGAGUUGGGAUUCAGUCACCAUGAAGAAAUCAUCUUAACAAUGGACGUUUAGAGAGAUCGGAUCGUUUUCCCAAAGGUGAAUGGGAGAGAUGAGGAGCAACAAGAGGAAUGAUGUAUCUCUUAAAAGCUCUUCACAGCAGCUUACUGGCCAGGACACUGGCAAAGAGCUGACAACUGCAUGGAAAGGUUUGGCUCAGUCAAAGGCUGCUUUGCGGCACAUAGAAAACCGUCUGGAGGCAGCUCCAGGGACAGGGGUUCUCCUGGAUUCUGUCAUGGACUGCAAGAAGAGUUCCUCCAGGAAGGUCAGCCGUAGAGAUGGACGACGAGUGGAUGAUAUGGGAGGGUCCUCCAAGCUAAGGGGUCAGAGUCACCAAAGCCCAGAGAAGAGCAGUUCUCGCAGUCCAUUGAGAAACACCACACAGGACAGUAAUGUCCGUAGGAGCAACAACGUGGAGUUCACAGAGCCACUGGCCUCCUACAGGGAGGCUGCCACUCCACUACUGCCCCCCUCUCAGCUAGAGGCCUACAGCCUGCAGCAGCCUGGGUGUUUGUACCCACCCUCGCCGCCUGCCUCAGAUCCUCUCCUCAGUCAGCUGGUCUACCAGAGAGAUACCAGAGACAAACAGACAGACAGGGACCUGGACAGCACACACUCCUCGGCUCUGGAGAGUACCGAGGUCCGCUACCUCAAUGAUCUGCCAGUCCUGGACACUCUGAAGACAGUCACACAGUCACAUCCUGCAGCACGAGCCUCUUCCAUGGAUGGGGCUGGGGAGGACAGCACGCCCAAAGCACAGCUUACCCAGAGCAUGGAGAGCGAAACAUCUAGCCCAUCCAUAGCUCCAGCCCCAGGAUCUGCCGGCCGAGGGGAGAGCUCUGUCUCCACCAGCCCCGGCUCUGCAUCCCAGCGCCUAGAGAAUCUUCGGCGACGCCAGCCUGAUGAUAAGCUGGAGAAGCUUAAAGAGCGUAUUCGCCGGCAGAGACAACAUCUGGAGGAGGCUGCAGAGAGAGACAGGCUGCUGGGUUUCUUGGAACAACCCUUAGUAGGAACUGUAGGGAGUAACAGUACCGGUACUACCGCCAUGCCCACAGCUAAAGUACGGAAAGUGGCAGCUGCACCACCUGCACCUAUUUACAAAGGCUUCAACAGUAGUGAGACAAAGAUCCAGACCCCUGAUGGGAAGAUUUGGAAAGAGGAGGAGUUUCAUAACCUCAGCAGAGAAAUCUACAGAGACCUGUCUUGGCAGCUUGCUGAGAGCUCCAGAUCCAGGCAUCAACAGCACAGGGAACAGAGGCCAGCAGACAGGUCCAAAGAGAGGAGGCCUGUCAAACCAAUCAGGAAGGUCCACAAAGCUGCCCCUGCCUCUGACCCAAAUGCAAAACCAGUGAUCAGCCCUGCGUCAUGGCGGGAGGGUCAGAAGCUGGUGAAGAUGGUACUGGGUCCGGUUCCCAGGCUUCCGCGGGAGGACGGGCCCCAACCAGCUGGCAGACAGAACAAGACAGGUCCACCUCACCGUUCCAGUUCAGACCCACGGUCAGACUCCACCCGGCAGUCCCGCCCGAACAGCACAGAGAGGCCCCACAGCGGUACCCGGGGACGGUCCAGUACCCGCUUUUCCACCACACCCAUUCCCUCAGCUGAAGCUCAGGAUAAGGCCCCAGUGGCUGCAGGCUCAGAACUGUUGUCAGCAGACAUCAGGGGUAUACUGGAUGACCUGCAGCUAGAGUGCAGAGCUGCUGAGAAGGAGGAUAGGGCCCGACAGAGGUCACGGGGAGGGGACGCUGGUAGAAGAGGGAGAGGGGGCUCAGGGUCACGAACAAGGGCCUCAGUCUCUACCUGGGGGGCUACCACUGCAACAGGUAGCUCUGGAAGAGCCUGCCGCAGUGCCAGCCCUGCCAAAUGCCAACCAGAGCCCACCAGCGCUGCUGAGACAGGACAGAAGAAGCGCCACUAUGACCCUGAAACAGUUCGCCUCUAUAUUGCCCGGCAACAGGAAGAGAGGAAGAGGCAUCAAGUGGAGGAGAAGAGGGCACGAAGAGAGGAGGUGGAGAGGAGAAACCAGAGAUUGCAGGAGCUGUACAGGAAACAGAGAGGAGUAGCUAAAGGAGCAGCUAAAGGAGCGGGCCUUGACACGGAUGCCCCUGUGGCUCCUGUGGUCCCUGUGCAGAGAAGACUACAGGAGACCUACACCAAACUGCUGCUGGAGGAGGCCCAGCUGGGGGAGGAGGCUACACACACACAACCUGCUGCAGUUCCUCCCUCUAUCCAACAAUGGAGACCAAUGUACCAGCCCUCAGGAGAGUCAGACAAGGAGAACAAAAGACUAGAGCCCCCAAGGAGUCCCUCAAGCAGUGAUAUGUCUUUGUCUGAACAGUCAGCCCCUCCACUAUCCAGGAAUGAUCUGGGCGUGGGAGUUGACCGCCUGAACCCAGCAGUCAGACCUGCCGCUGUCACUGACAGCAGUGCUCUGGCACCACCUGGUGACCAUCUCCUCUCUCAGCUCCUAAGGCUGGAGUCUGUGGUGGCUGCAGGGGAAUGCAACCACUCUCAGCAGCCCACCACAGCACCUCACAACAAAUCACGGACAAAGAUGUCCCGCAUCGAGGCCCUGAAGGCCACAGCCGCAUCCCUCUCCAACCGUAUAGAGACUGAGGCACGGAAACUGGCAGGGGAGGGAAUCAACUAUGAUACUGCUAUGGAUAUGGAUGAUAUUUUGGCUCAUCAGUCAACACAGAUAAACCUUGAUGAUGGGCACUGGGCCAGUGCAGUCGACCCUGUCAGGGAAAUGGCCAUAGGUUCCACUACAGAAGGUAAUGACUUGAAUUUGAGGAUCCAGAGGAUUUUGAGUAGUGCAGGUCAGAGUUCAUACGACGGUGCAGCCUUACCGGGUGUAGGCAAUCUACAUGCCUCAAGGAGGCAGACACAAAAGAACGGCACACAGGCCAGCCCCAACAAGCCACAAACUGCUUCUGCUGCUGGAACAGACCACAUCCUCAACAGUUACACACCAGAAGGAAGGAAGAUGGGCAAUGGCCUGGAGAGGAUAGAGAGAAUGGACAAAAUGGCACAGAGGAGAUGGUAUGGAGGUAUGGAGGAGAAGGAUGAGACUAAGAUGCACAGAAUGAGGACAGAUCAUCAUGACUCAAGUGGAGGCUCCAUCAGUGAGGGUCUGCUGAGUGAUGGGAGUCUGUCUGAGGAUGAUACAAGUCUUCCUCGUCCCUCUCUCAAUCACAUACCUAGACCAGCAGAUUGCUUGGGUGCUGUGGACUACUGUGCAGGCCAGAAAGGGGAAUACCAGCGCCUGACCCAGUUCCAGAGGGAGGCAGAGAAGUACUCGGCACUUACCUCCCCCUUUGCUCAGCGGGAUGGCAGCAAAGCAGCCUGGGAAGAGCUCAGCAAAGGAAGCCCUCUCAGCGUCAUCAACAUUUUCACCAAGAACCUUCAUGGCCAUGUUAAAGUGGCUGAAGACAAAUCAGAGAGGAACUCUCCUUCUGUCCAUUCUGUCCAAUCGGGUGCUUUCCCGGGAGAUGCUGCAGUCUAUGAAGAUGACUUUGUGUCGUCCCGAAGCAGUGGAGCUAGUGGCCAGUCGAAGCGAGUGUACAAUGGGCACAGUGUGAACAAUCAUUUUGAGGAGCUGAUGAGGAGGUCUCCAUAUCAGCAAAGGACAGGAGACAUCAACUCCCACCAUUCAUCCGUCCACUCAUCUAUUCAUUCACCUCAGCUUUCCUCUGGGUCCCCAUCUGGCGUCUCACCUCUUUCCAAGGGCUCAACUGGAAAGAGAGGUACACCAUCAGAUCGAAGUGAUGCCACUCUGGUGGAGGAACGUAGUAGCCCGUGCUCACCCCCCUCAGAUGCUCCAUCUGCUGAUUUCAGGAGGAGGGGCUCAGAGAAGAGCUCUGCCCACAGUCAGGACAAGAGUGUCCACUCUGAUGGCACACUAGAGGGAGCUUCAGGACAUUCUCUCCGAAGCUUGGGGCAGGACAGUAAGAAGUCUCCAGUGGGCAGAUCUGGCCUGGCUUCUCACUCUGACUCUCCAGGCUCUGGGUGUCCACCAGGAACAGACUCUCCCAGUGAUUCUUUGGUGGGGGCAGACAACCUGAACACAGGGCUGGGUAUGGGCACUGGAUCCUCUGCAAAACACACUGCAGCACGCAGUGGUAGAACAGAGACCAAAACAACAGGCGAGCUGCAGUACGCCCCUGGUGUCUUGCAGCAGCGUAUGUCAGCAGAGCUCAACUACCUGGAGUCCAUAGAGGAGUCAGUCCGACAGCUGGGGGAUGUAGAGAGGCUGAGGGGUGUGUCCAUGGCUCAACAGGAGAGUGUGUCCCUAGCCCAGAUACUUAAGGCCCAGCAACAGCGCCAUGAGCAUGACUUGUACGAGCUGAAGAUCAAGGCUGAGAGGGAAGCUCUGGAGGCACAGCUACAGCUGGAGGAGAGCAGGCAGAGAGUAGCCAGGGCCCAUGUGGAGCUGCAGGAAAGCAUGGCAGUGACCCAAAAAGAGACUUUGGGUGGCCUCCAAGAAGCCACCACUAAGAUGAUGAGUCAACAGGCUGAGGCAGCACGGUAUACAGCCGACACUGCCCGACACAUUAAGGAGAUGACAGAGUUAGCACAGUCCCACAUAGCUGGGGCAUUGAGUGUCCCUGCUGCUGCUGCUCCCAUCACCACCCUGCAGGACCAGCAGAAAGAACAGUACAGCUCCCUAAUGAAGCAGUUGAAGGCCAAAGCUGACACUGACAGCUCCAGGAGUGAGGUGUCAAGCACAAGGACCAGGCCAGAGGAACGCUUGUCUCCCCUGGACAGCUUCAUUUACUCUGACUCCUUGCCCUCCAAGAGACCCAACAUCAGUGGAGGUGACAGCAGCAGCCACUUGAGUCCAUCAUAUGUCUCAUCAGACCAUAGGGAGAUGAGGAGAAAGGAAGGAGCAGAAGAUAAAAGGAGGAAGGAGAACACAGAGGAGAGGACAGAGAGGGAGGCAAGCCGUAGCUCCAUCGAGGAGGAGGCUCCUACAGCAGCAAACGACUCCCUGUGCAGUGACAGCAUCCCCUCUGCAUUGGAUGAGAAAGAUAGUACAUCAGUGGCGACAGAGUACUCUCUGAAGUUUGAUGAGUCCAUGACAGAGGACGAGAUAGAAGAGCGCUCUUUCCGCUCUCUGCUGCCGUCUGAGGCACACCGCCGUGGCACUUUAGAGAAAAAAUCCCGCCCACAUGAGGAAUCAGAGGACGAGACAGCCAAUCACAACAGGACAUUGAUCUCAGCGGCAUGUAACAGCUCCAAGCCACAGGAUGUGAGCAUGGCUUUCUCUGGUGGCCAGGACAGUUUCUCCCAGUUCACCAUGGACAUGGUUCGUCAGUACAUGAAGGAUGAGGAGGUGAGGCUGCAGCACCAGAGCUCUCUGCUGUGUCUCCGUCAGAAGGCCUUGAAGGAGAAGACCAAGACUGAGCUGGCCUGGCUGGAGCAUCAGAAGAAGACGCUGAGAGACAAGGGGGAGGAUGACAAGAUGCCACCCAUCAGGAAGAAGCAGAGAGGCCUGCUGAUGAAACUACAGCAGGAACAGGCUGAGAUCAAGCGUCUUCAGGAGGCCAACAAAGCAGCAAGAAAGGAGAGGCAGCUGUUGCUGAAGCAGCAGGAAGAGAUUGAGAGGAUGAGGAGCUCUACGCUCAGACUCAAGGAGCGUCUCAAGUGUGCUGGAGGGGAAGCACCACCUGAGACUCCCAUGUCACAAACCCCAGUGUCUGAGGCAGCCUCCCCUAGCAUGAGGAUUGCAGAUGUGGACGUCCGCAGCCCCUCUCCCCUCUCUCCAUCUCUGGGAGUGAGACCAGCAGCAUCAUGCAGAAGCUCAAGAGAUGCGCUCUCAAUGGAUGAGAAACACUGUUCUCCUGUCCACUACUUCUUCUCUGUGUUUACGGCCCACCACUGGGCUUCCCUCAGUGUCUGUCUCCCCAACCUCCACCCCAAAUUCCAGCUCUUUAUCUACAACCAGUUGGUCAGGUUCUUGACUAAGCGGGAGCAGCAGCUGGUGCAGAGGCGUCGCCAUGCUGAGGAGCUGCUGGAGUGGAAACAGCGACUGGACCAGGAGGAAGCCGAGGUCCGAAGAAUGGAGAAGGAGGCCCUGUCUGUCUGGAAGCGGCAGACGCCACGGGACAAGGACCAUGACCCCUCAGAGAGUCAAGAAAAGGAGAUCUCUGACAUUAGCCCGAGCUCCAGUCGUCACCGAAGCCAAGAGCACAGGACUGACAGCGAAAAAGAAUGUGUUAGCGAAGGUGACUACUCAUCACUGACAACAGAGUCAAGUAUACACACAGAGAGGUCAGGGUCACAGGCACCGGAAAGUCCAUCCUCUGUGCCACCUACCUCGGUCCCUGAAUCACCGCUGGCCUCUGUCCAGAGCAGCCCUGCCAACUACACCCACGACUUCACCUCGGGUUCUCCAUCAGCCAGCACGCAAUCUCCUCCAGCCAAAGGCAGCUUUAGCACUGCUGCCUCUCAGUCAGAUGGCAACAGCAGCAAAACCAAGAUGCAGCUCCGCUCUGCUUCCCAGACCCCCAGCCAGAUACCAAGUCAGCCCUGCACUCAGCCCACUGACACCCCCAUGGCCACACAGACUGAACCCAUGUCUGACCAGAGCGACAUAGAGAGCCGUAUUAAGGCCCUGAAGGAAGAACUCAGGAAACGCAAGUUUAUGGCCUACCAGCUGAAGAAAGAACAGAAGAAGAGGCACAAGGAGCGCCUGAAGGCACAGGAGGCCAGCCUACUGAAGCAGCUGGAGUCUUAUAAUGACUUCAUCCAGAAAACUAAGGCAGAACUGAACAAGGAGCCAGACUCAACACUUGAUGCUAAGCCCCAGGUCCAAACUCCCAUGUCAGCUUCAGACAAAUCCAGUGUCAAGCCACCUCCUUCGCACAGGUCUGAAACCAGCAACAUCUUCAAGAUUGUCUUAGAUGCAGAGAGGACACACACUGACUCUCCAUUAGACCACGAAAACCUUACUCCGUGUGGUCAUAGUAGAUCCACCUCAGUGCCUCAAGAAUUGUCUGAUGAGGACCCACCAACAGUCACUCCAACCCCAGUACAUGGCAGCCCAGAUCGCCCUACCUCAGGCCUGAGGGGCUUGCUCUCUCCAGAGGAUCUUUCCUGGCCUGCUUCUAAGGAUGACCAGUCACAAGUCACUAACUCUGGGAAUAAGAACAUUUUGUCUAAUCAUAGGUCAGAUAUUCAUGAGGACUUAGAAGUAGAAGUGAGUUUCAAGUCUGAGGAUCAACAUUCUGAAUGUCUUCUGAAACUAGAACAGGAAGAAAGGCUCAGCUCACAGCAGAAACUGUCUAUAUCUAAACAUGAUGCCACCUCCAUUAAUGAAGAACACCGAAUUUCUCCAUCUGUUAGCUUGGAAGAUAAGCAAAUGAUGACAAAGGAAUCAUCUGAGGCAGAAAAAGGAAUCAAAUCUACAAUUUCCCACUCUAGCAAAUCACAUUUGGCUGCUAUUGAACCUAAAGGUUCAGCACAUCCAAGCUACAGUUCCUCCUCCCAUGACCACUCCUGUACCCCUGAAUUAGUUAGCCUCUCUUCAAAAAUGGAGGCACCUGUAAAGGAUGCAGAGGCAUCGCCUCUCUCAGGAGAUGGCUACCAUGAUGACUUUGAGUCAUCAGUGGAGUCAUCACCCAGGGAGGACCAUCAUAGCUCUAAACUUGUCUCUCUAGCCUCACCUUCCCCUACAGAGGAUACCAGAAAGUCACUACAUAAGAGCCAAGAUGAAGAGGAGGUGGAGGAGGACAUUUCUGAAGAACUGAGUCAACAUUCUGCAACAAAUGGAGAUAGCCAUCACUCUGGAAGACUGCUAGACCUCCACAUCCAAACCAGAGACUGUAAAGAUGACACCAAGGACAACAUUGUCAACUCCGGCCACUCACCAACCAUUUCUCCCUCUCAGACCCCUCCAUCUCCCGUUAUUGAUGAGAUGCCAAGCUUUAACAUUGGAGACCGGGUUCUCGUGAGCAAUGUUCAGCCUGGCACCCUGAGGUUCAAAGGUCCAACCAAAUUUGCCAAUGGCUUCUGGGCAGGUGUGGAGUUGGAUAAGUCUGAAGGGAGCAACAAUGGCACCUAUGAUGGGGUGGUAUACUUUGAAUGUGAGGAGCGUCAUGGUAUCUUUGCUCCUCCUGACAAGAUUACAUACCUCCCAGAGAAGUUUGAGAUCUUCACAGACACUACAGAGGAUGAGGACUCAUUCUUCGACGACUUGCCAGAUAAAGAUAGGAGCAGACAUGAAAUUGAUGAAAGCCAAUCACAAAAACAAAGAAAUCUGAAGAGUAAAGGAGAGGAAACAUCUCAUAAGCAAUGUGAGUCCGGAGAUAAAGAGCUUCGUGAUGAGCUUGACCAUCCAGAUCAACACCAGAAGAGCCAGACCUCUCUAAGGGAAAACUCCCAUCUUAAUUCACAUAACAAAGAAUUUGAGCAUCCAGUUCCCAAUGGCAGCAACAGAGAAAUCAUCUUGGAGUUUGAAGAUGCACCAGCCACUCUCCUCAUCUCUGACAUGGACAAGAUGGGCCUUGACAAGCAGAACUUGAAGGAAAUUACUACCCUCAUUGAGAAGAAAGACCCAGACUCUCACCUCAAGCAUGUCACUCCUGCUGAUCUCAGGGAUGUCAAGAGUACUGAGGAAGAACACAAGGGCAGAGACUCACUGGGCGCCUUUGCUGAUGAGCUACUCAACAACUUUGUGAAAGAUGCUGUAGAACAGUUCACUCAUAUGAAAAAGGCCAAAGAGCAGAAGAUAAAAGCUGCCAACCAGAUGAAUGGAGAUCUGUUUAGCAAAACUCAUGAGGAAAAGGAGUGGGUCUCCUCAGUGAAACAGAAGGACAGUCUGCCCUUCUUUCUUGAAAAGGAAGGGGAAAAGGAGGAGUUGUCAUCUCCAGAGCUGUGCAACCGGCCAGAGAGUCCUGUUUUGGGGGCCAGCGGUCAAGAGGAGCUUGCCAAGCGUCUAGCAGAGCUGGAGCUGAGCCGUGAGCUGCUUGACGAGCUGGGUGACGAACAAGACUGGUUUGAUGAGGACUUUGGCCUCAGUUCUCGUAGGGAGCAACAGAGACUCAAACAGGUAGAGGAGGCGGCAAAACUUGGAGGAGGAAGGUCUGGCUCAUCAGCAGCAGCAGCAGCCAUGGGUGGGCUUGUCACGGCGCCAGGUGGGGAACAGCAGGUCAAGACCCCACCCAGGCCUGAGCUACCUCUUCCCCUUCCUCCUAAGCUACCUGAGCAGCCGGCCAUGGUGGUGCCCCACUCAGCCACAGAGGUAGAGAAGCUGGUCCAUUUUGCCACCAAGGAGAUUUGGGAGAGCUGUAAGCUGGGACAGGACAGCUUGAUGAGCCUUGCAGGGACACCCAUCCCCAAGCCGUCCCAGGAGUAUCUUGGCAAAGAGGCCAACAGCCAGGACCAGGAGGCCCUCUGCAUCCGCAGCUACAGGCAGGCUGUGUAUGACCUAACGUGGGAAAUCCUCCAGGAGAUCUAUGCUGAAGACCCCAAUGCCCAUCAGCCUCAGUGGGUCAAACCACGGCGAGUCAACUCCUCCGCUUUCCACAGAGUGAAGGCACCUGGAGACAUCACCAAAAUCCAGGAAUUCAUCACAACAGAAGUGCUGAAACUGUAUGGCCUGACAAAAGAUCAGAACCAGAAGAUGGACUGGCAGAAGAUGCUCAAAUUUGGCAGGAAGAAGCGGGACAGAGUGGAUCAUAUACUGGUUCAGGAGCUCCAUGAGGAGGAGGCUCAGUGGAUCAACUACGACGAGGAUGAGCUGUUCGUCAAGAUGCAGCUGGCAGACAGCGUUUUUGAUGCAUUGCUGAAGGACACUGCAAACGUUCUGACACAAAUCUGUGACAAGAGGGCCAAAAGAGCUGCCCUCUCCUGAGAGCUUUUCAGCUUGGAUUGUUAACUGUAACCUCUAACUCAAUCCCAGUUGUUCCUCAUCUCAGUGACCUCCAGACGACGACUCCAGACAACCUAAAGCCGCUUGGUCUUCCAAUUGCUGAUGUGCCAACAGCAACCUUCUGAUGCCUUCAGUCCCAACCAUUACCUCUCAGCUUUACAGCUCCUUAUUAAAUAUUUUCUGUGAUGAGGUCAUUGUAGGAUUUGCUGAAGUUGCUACAGCUGUUAGCAGAUGGACAGUGACAGUGUAAUCUGUCGUACACACAACACACCUCUUGAUCAAUCCAGCCUUCUUAAACCUUAAUAUUGUCUUGUUUCAAGUCUUCCCUCCUGAACUGGUUCCUUUGUAAUUGCCAGUUUCAGAGUGAGUAGAUUUUUUGACAGAAUGGACUGUACCGCUUUUUAGCAUUAAUGGUCCAUCAAUGCUGCUAAGUUGAUUCCUCCAUAGUGGACUGCAUUGUAAUGUUCACUUGGAGCAAAAGUAAGUUAUAUUUUGUAUUGGAUCUUUAAGGAGCUAUAUAUGGAUUUUAAAAACAUGGAAAUUGAACAGCAGAUAAAAGUAUAUGAGAGCAUUAUUGAGAUCAGGAAUUACUAUUAAACAUUUUGCCUCCUAAAUUGUAAUAUUUAUUACUGAAAAAUGUUUGAUUAGAGGGGAAAGGAACUUGAAUUUGAAACUGUAAGUUAUCUUAUUAACAUAGAAAAGAGUUGAUAAUUUUAAGAUUUUGUAAAGCAAAACUAAUGAAAUUAUUAAAGCACAAUGGAAAUGUGAAUGUGGACAUGGCAAUACAUUGUAUAGGAGGUUUAAGGAAUGUAAUUGAAACCAGACAAGAACAUGCAAAGAAACUAUUUUUAUUUAAUAUUUAAAUAUUGCAGUAUUAGUAAUUAAUCAAAACUGUUCUGUGUGACUUUGUUCUCGCCCACAAUUGUCCAGUUGGUCAUCACUACAAAGGCUGUAGGCUCUACUUAACUAGUUGUAGAAUAAUUUAAUAGAACAGUGCUGACAUGCUGGAUUUGAGCCUUACAAAUACACACCGCCAGACAGUAAAGAAACUAGACACCCAAGGUCCAUUUAUUUUCUCUAGCCGGUAAAAUAUUGGCUAAAGUUGCCAAUGGUUGUCAAGUUUCUUCAUUUGUUGCAGUGCGGUAAAAGUUGCUGUAUCUGAACUUUAAAAUUGCCCAUAAACCUGUAAGCCAGUCACAUAUUGACAUUUCUGUCUAUUCAGUCUGUUGCUGCAACACAGCGAGCAGUCGGCUUGUUCAAAUAGGCCAUCAGAAUGUAGCAAGGUGAUGUGAUUGCUCGCAUUCAGAAUGCAGUUAGUCUUUCAUUCGGUUAAAGUGCCUCUUUAAGUUUAGCUGUCUGUUUAUAACGAACUUUGUUGAUGUCUCAACUUCUUCUGGACCUAUUUUCUUUGAAUGUUUCUCAACUGAUGUGUACUACCAUUGUGUAAUUGAUGCUUUAGGACAACUCUUUCCUCUAACUGAUCCACAGCUGUUUCAGUUUCUGCCUUACCAUUUUCCUGGUCCUCUAUUCAGCCUGAGGAACUGUUUGCUAUGCUGAUAGUUUCAGAACCACUGACUCACUCUAAACGUUAGCUGCUUCUUAUCCGCGUCAUCUCUGCCUCUGUGCAUUUAGACACAGUUGAUUAAUGUUAUUGAUAAACUGUAUCAGGAACUAGCUUGUGCUCACUCCAUUACACACGUACACAUUGGCUCAGGUCAGCUGACUCGGGCAGUUUGAGUCAUAGACUGAUAUGGCCGAACACCUGGAACAGUCAAUGCCCAAGAGUUUACUUAAGUCCUCAUUGUCUUCACUACUUAAAUCCAAGAAUAAUAAUAAUUAUAAUAAUACUGUGUGUACAAACUCAUAUUGGCAUGUGAAACAACGCCUGAUACUCAGUACUGUCUGUUUUAGCAAAAGUGACCUUAAAUUGGUGGGAAUGAAAGACUCAUUGCAUAUUAAGUACUUUUCCUCCCACUGGUGUUUGUUUUAAUAGUGGCUAAGGUGUAUAUCUAAACUGUAAACUAUGUAAUGUAAAACCUUGUCUGUAAAUGUACCUUUUGAUACUUAUCUCCAUGCUGUAUGACUCAGUGUCUGGUCUGUAGGCAUAUGUAACUGUAAUGGUGACAUGAAUAGUACCUAAGAAACAUUUCCCUCAUGGCUUUAUUGUAAACCCUCUAGGAUUGUCCUCUUGAGUUGAUUGUAUGUGGGAGGAAGUUAAUUUCCCAUUUGUAACUAUGCAGUAUUUGGUCAUAUACAUUAUUUUAUAUGUAUGGGCCAAACAGCUUAGACUGUUGAUGUAGUUUGUGAAUAAGAUUAGACUAAGAGAAUUUUAAAUGAAGCUUGAAGCUGUUUGUUUGUCCCAUCCACUGGUCUGAGGUCAGUUUUCUUCACAGACCUUUAUCUUAAAUAAAGAAGGAUCUUGAGCAGCUUCACCUUCAACCUUAAAAGAUUGUGUAGUUUGAUCCCUGUGAUUAAAAAAAAUAUAUAAAAAAUAGGCACAAAUGACUUGAUAAUCAAUUUAACCCAGUUAGACUAGAAAUCCCUUCUCAUCUUUUGAAAUGUUUAGGAAUAUUUAUAAUAAUGUGCUGUGAGUGUGCGCGAAGUGCACUUGAAGACUUGUACAAUUAUUUUACGGGUGUAAAUAUAUUUCGACUGUCUCCUGUCUGUCUGUCCGAUCUGAUUCACUGUUCACUGUAGCCUGAACGAUUGUUGUAAAAUAAACACUGUUCCCUUUGCAAAUGUGUACAUAGUAUAUAUUUGUUAACUGAAAUGAACUUUGAGAUUGUAAAUAAAGCUUUCAUUAUUCCUGAAUCUAAA